UCCGAGAAAGCUACUGUAUUUACAGUUAAAAUUUGAGGAAAUCAGUGCAAAACAGUGUUACGUACUUACGUGCUACUCUUAAAGCUAGACGGAUCGCAUUGCGCUCUAACAAAUAAGACCAUUGUGCAAGGCAAGGCAUUUCGCAAUUUAAAUGUUGUCGGGCUUUUACUGUACCGCCUCGUUUUGAUCCCCACCAAACGAGAAGUGCUGCAAUUUUCAAAGUUGCCUGGAAAUGGGAUACUUUGCUGUCGGUCUACUAACAUGUUCAGUGCUAAUCGGUUGCAAUGGCCAAUUCACUCUUUCGCACUUUGAUAACACUCCGGUCAGCAGUCAAGAAUGCAAUCGGCGUCCGAAGAACAGCUGCUGGAUGAGCAUUGAUCACUGCCUGGAUGCCAGUUAUUUGCAAGUGUUGAAAGCAAAAUCAUUGAGUACAAUAACAGUUUUGGAAUGCCAUCCAGAGGCAAGCGAUCAGGAUUUUUUGGAUACCGCCAUGAGCAUCUCAACAACCAAUCCGAAUCGAGCUGUAAAAGCAUUUGUCAGUGACAAAGACAAAUACCAACUCACGCAAGAGAUCGUCAGCCCAAUCAAAACGCAGAUCAUAGAAUUAUAUUUCUAUCGCUGUGCUGACCGGUCAGGCACUUUUAAAGUUGGACAACUGGAGCUGCCGAAUUUAUUACUCCUGCAGUUUUACAACUGCGACGAGAUGGCCAUUGGCAAACGUGACUUUACUCAUUUUGGACAGAUUCGACGUAUUAGUUUUCUGUAUUCAACUAUAGAAUCCAUUGAACCGGGAACAUUCACCAAUCUUCCGCAAAUAAAGUCCUUGCAACUAGACGCCGGAUACAACGGUUUCAACGGGAACGUUGGCGCUCGCAAGAUUCAUUGUGAUUGCGAUUACACAUGGUUGCGAAAAUGGUUUGAUGUCAAUCCGCAUCUGCUGGAUGAUCGCGAGGAAGGCGAGCUGUACAUCGUCGGCAACAGGCUAAGUACACCGGUUCACAACGACUUUAUCGCUGUGGAUUGUGGCUAUCAGAAUCUGACCUACACAAAAAAAGACAAGAAAAGUCCCAGCAGCUUUAAAUUUUCGUUCGAUACUUCGUGUUAAAUUUCAUUGAAGUACGCCAUUUGAUAAUCGUUUUAGGAGAUAUCGAUCAAGAGGUUUUGCUACACUGUUUUUGCAUCUGUUGGAAGUUUUCUAUAUAUGGGCACUUUGUUGUUUUAAUGACAGUUUGUGUAACUCUUGCUUCUUGAAUGUGCAUUAUGAAUUAAUGAACAAAAAAAAUUCACAAAC